AUGGGACUGAACUUUGCCGCUGCCUUUGCCUUUCAGUCCAAGGUCGGCCUGAUUCAAGAAUCGAUAAGCAACGGCAUCGUCCUCGUCAUGGCCAGUCACUCGGGACGGGCCAGUAGUGUGCGCUCUGCUAAGGGCGACGGUGCGAAACGCCUGCUUCUUUGGCGUGCAGAGCAGAGGCCUGUGAACCACUGGCAGAGCUUGGAUGGAGAAGAUGGCCUCGGAUCCAGCCAGUCACAGCGGAGCGGCCCUCUCUUCCAAUGGCGCCGGCGUCGCUUGGUCAUCGUGAUGUGGCCGCGCGCUCUGGCUGGCCAUCCAAAUCCCCUCACUUCUCCACGGUUUCUCGCAAGCCCCUCCCCCCUCUCUCGCUCUAUCGGUCGUAUCGUAUCGUCACAGGCCAUCAAAUCGAUAGGCAAAUACCGGGGCUGCUUGGAGGUGUCAUGGCACCCAUCAGGCGAGACGCAGCGUCUGGCCCAGGCCACUCAUGCCUGA